CUCCCAUGUUCCAGUGCCUGGUUGCCAUGAUGAGCCUAUCGACUUUCUCCCGACUUCCAUCUUCCAUGAACACCUUCCAUGCGCACGACUCGCUUCCUUUUUUUCACCGUUUAUAGUAGCAUGAUAUUUGCUUCUGUUUCCAUGAAAUAACAUUUGUUCCUUCACUUUGCAGUGCAGAACAGCGCACUGAACUGAAGUGAACCCUUCUUCGGGGAAAACGGCAAACAUCCUCUAAAUUACAAUGGAUCAAGCACCCCCCGCCAAGCAGAGCCGCCAGAAGCUGAUGGAGGCCAUCAUGGACCUGGGCAACAGAGCCUACAACCCCGAUUCAAGCGAUGAGUUGCGGGCGCGGGGGCAGCGCGAGUUUGGCGACUUGAUGCAGAGGACAAAGACGCUGCCGCUCAUGGCGGCUUUGAAUAUCCUGAUGCGCCCCGGCAGUGUGCCGCAAUGGCUCCGCGCCAAUCUGGUAGACAUUCUGACUCUGGUGCCGCUGCGUCCCGACGGCGUCCGUGCCACGUUGGAGUUUGUCUUCUCUGUCCACCCUUCCAGCACCGUCAAGGUCUCCGAGGCCGCCGUCCCCCAGAAGAAGGGUGCAAACAUCACCCAGGAGGCCCUCAAGAUGGCCGCCCAGCUGAUAGCUGCCCCCCCCGCGUCGGUGACGCCCGAGACGUGGUAUUCGGGAAUCUCGUCGCAGAUGCUGGAGCUGCUCGACGGCACUGAUGGCCCAGAGCUGACCAAGGUCGUCUCGUACAUUAUCGGAUUCGGCAUCUUUGGUCGCAAGGCCACCAGCGCCCCCGGUACUCCGGGAUGGAGACACCUGGCCGAGCCCAUGCUCACUCGUAUCAAGCCACCUCCCUCCGGUCUUGGUACCAACACGACAGGUGUUGGGCAGGACGAGGUCGUCGAUCUAAGUAGAGAGAGGGUCCUUGUCGCGCACAAUGACCUGGUCACAGCUAUUCGCCGCUUACACUCGCUUGUUGUCUCCCACCCUAACCCGGGUCUGUGUAAGCGGCUGCUGUCUCCGUUACUCCUGCCCCUGUGGGCACUUUCUUCGUUGCACCAACCCUCCCCAUCUCUCAGCGACGCGGUCUGCACACCCGCGCUAGAGCUUUUGAGAAUCCAUCUGAGAUUAGUCUCCUCACCCGACACACUGUUGCCCUUGGUUCAAAACCUGGGCUACGUUGGCGGCUGGGAUAAGCACAGUCCAGAAUGGUUCUACAAGACAACCGGACAAGGACAAGGACAAGUUCAGAUUGUGGAUGCGAAGCAGUUAGGAACGAGUCUCAACGGGGGAGUGCCCCAAGUCACGUUGCAAGAAAUCGAGGAACGCGUCCCCAGGCUCUUGGAGCUCAUUACUUCGGCAUUUUCCGACGCCGAUAUUUCCACUGCCUUUGUCGACCUGCUCGGACGAUGGCUGAAGUCAGCGCAGAAGUCCAGGCCGGGCGACAUCGCGGUCAGGCAAGAACCGGUUAGCGAGCCAAACCCGAUGGUGCAAAUAUCCGAGGUCAAGGUGCUUCAGGCCAUGACGGACAAGUUCUCCGAGAAGCUUGCCAGCCAACCCAGACACAUCCUCGAGCUAGCCAGCCAGGUGCUAGUCACGUCUGCGGAUGCGCCCGAGGACGACGACGACAUGAACGGAGUAGCCCUCAGUCUGAUAAACAUGGUCGUCACCGUCCCAGGCUUCCAAAAAUCCAGACUAGACCCACAGGUCCUUGGAAUUAUUGAGUCGUCGUUGGAUAAACUAACCAAGAGGGACGAUGUCAACAUCUCUAGAACCGCCAACAACCUGGCGCUCUUGCUCAGGUACCGUGACGAGAUCGACCCGGAUGUCGGGAGCACAGCUGCCCCGACCAGCCGCCAGAUCGAGGACCGCAAGACGUAUACUUUGGCGAGAUCGUACAUAACGCAGCAAGACUCGCCUCCGCCCGUCAGGAUGGAGGGCCUUAGUCUAAUCUCGAGCCUCAUAGUGUCGCACAGCCCGGUAUUAGAUAUCCCGGGGAUCAUUGUGCUCAUGUCGUCUCUGAUGAGCGACGCCGAGGACUAUAUCAACCUCCAAGUUAUUAAGAUCUUCACACUCCUCGCGAGUCGGCAUCCGAAAUCAGUAACUAAAGAGCUUAUCGACCACUUUGUGGAUCCCAAGGAGACAGAGUCGGUCGACUCACGGCUGCGCUUCGGCGAAGCUCUUCUCCAGGUGAUUGAGCGGCUAGGAGAGACGUUUUCGGGCGAGACAGCACAGCAGGUGGGUGAGGCUCUACUCUCCGUAGCCAGCCGGCGGGGCCACCGGCCAAAGACCGAGGUAAAGCAAGCCCGAGAGGAGCGGCAGCGCAAGAUGAAGCACCAAGAAGCCGGGGACGCCUGGAAGGGCGAGGUGCCCGACCUCAGCGACGAAACCACAGCCGAGGAAAAGGCGCGGACGGAAAUCCUUGCGCAGAUUGUCGAGGGCUGGGAGAGCAAGCGCGGCGCCGAGGACGUGCGCAUCCGCGCGUCGGCGCUCUCGGUCCUGGGCAGCGCCAUGGAGACCGACAUCGCGGGGCUGGGGCCCUCGCUAGUGUCGGCAGCCGUCGACCUGUGCGUCAGCACGCUGCAGCUAGAGCGGGACCCGGAGAAGGGCAUCCUGAGGCGGGCGGCCAUACUGUUGGUCAUGAGCUUCGUGCGGGCGCUGGACUCGGCGAAGCAGGCCGGCCGGCGCCUCGGGUUCGGGUUCGGCCUCGCCGCGCAGGACGACGUCGCGCGCACGCUGCGCUACGUCGCCGACACGGACAACGACGGCCUCGUGCAGCAGCACGCCAGGGACGUCGUCGAGAGCCUCGACAACUGGCAGAUGGCCGGCUUGGUGCCCGCCGAGACGCCCGGAAACCAGGGCGCAGGCCUGAUGAAACUGGCUGGCUUGACGGUCGACCCCGACAAGAUCGCGUCGUUUCUGAGUGCGAGUGCCAGUUCCCGGCCGAGGAUCGAAGAGAUUAAAUGAGGAUAUCUGCAUGCAUGCAUGCAUAGCGUAGGGAUCUGGAUGGGAAGGCAUAGAGUGGCCCAUAGACUGAACUUGGCUCAUGUACACUGAAAUGAACAUGAUUAAGCAUUUGCCGCGGUACAGCAAAACGUCAAACAAUUGAACGGCACCGCUCCGACAGAGUCAUACCGGCCGGCUCACGAACCUUACCGCCGCCAUUCAAGAUCGAAGUCAGCCAAGGUAGCCUGGAACACAAAGGGUUUUUAACAGUCCGCCAACCCGG